AAGACUCAGUAGUUUUGGGGUAAAACCAGAAGAGAUCGAGGGAGCAAUCGGAUUCGGAUCAACCAACAAUGGCGGAGGAUUUGGUGUUGGACACAGCGAUCAGAGACUGGGUGCUCAUACCGUUAUCGGUAGUCAUGGUUCUCAUCGGAGUACUUCGUUACUUUGUCUCCAAGCUCAUGCGUACUACUCAAUUGCCUGAUGCCAAAAUCAUCAAAGAAGGGCAGCUCAUAAUUAGGGCCAGAAACCUACGAGCAGCUGCUAAUUUCAUACCUCCAAAGGCGUUUCGUGCUCGGAAAAUAUAUUAUACGAAUGAGGAAAACGGUUUACUUCAUGUUCCCAAGGGUCAAGCUCAGAAUCCACAGGCACAAAUGCUUUCUGAUCCAAACAUGGCAAUGGAUAUGAUGAAGAAGAACCUCUCAAUGAUCAUACCACAGACCCUCACUUUUGCAUGGGUUAACUUCUUCUUUUCGGGGUUCGUAGCAGCAAAGAUACCUUUUCCAUUGACUCAGAGGUUUAGAUCCAUGUUACAGAAUGGAAUUGACUUGAGUACUGUUGAUGUCAGCUAUGUUAGCAGUCGCUCAUGGUACUUCCUUAAUCUGUUUGGAUUAAGAGGCUUGUUUAGUCUCAUUUUGGGAGAGGAAAAUGCUACUGAUGAUACACAGCGAAUGAUGCAAAUGAGUGGAUUUGGCUUUGAUCCAACCAAGAGUUUGGGUGCAGAAAAAGAUGGUCUAGAUAUAGUUCACCAUGAGUGGGUCCUACCCAAAUUCGAGCAACGUGCUGAAGCUGUACUAAGAAAACGGCUAGCUUAGCUAGGUUACAUAGGUCACUAUGUUUUUUUUUUAUUUUUUAAUUUUUUUUAAUUUUUAACAAUUACCAUUUUGGUAAGUUUUAUUAUCUUAUGACUAGUAUUCAAUCUUUAGAAUAAUGUUUUUUUCAGGGUUUGAUUGUAUUUUUUUAGAACGGCUUAAAGGCUUACAUACUGUUCUAUUUCUAAAUCUAUGCUUUUGUCAACAA